UUUAAAGCAAUUACAAGUUUAAAUCUGUGAUAUUUGAGCACUGAUUAAUUUUAAUAUUUUUUUCUCAUCAGGGCCUGUUUUGCUCUUGUAUAUAAAACAGAGGCGGUCACGUGCAAAACAUAUUUAAAUAAUAUUGAAAUUAAAGCAAUUGCAAGUUUACAUCUAUGAUAUUACCACACUGAUUAGCAGCGUCGACAAUAGAUACAGUUUGAAGAUUUUUUACAAUGAUUUACGACGAUACGUGGUUAUGGAUUGUGAUCCUUGGGUUUAUAGCGGCCUUCGUUCUGGCAUUUGGCCUGGGUGCCAAUGAUGUGGCCAACUCCUUUGGCACGUCCGUUGGUGCUAAAGUCAUCACAGUGAGGCAGGCAUGCAUACUGGGAACCAUUUUUGAAAUGGCUGGAGCGAUCCUUGUCGGAGCUAAGGUAUCGAAUACUAUCAGGAAGGGAAUUAUAAGUCCAGAGAUGUUUACAAACGGAACUGAAGACACCUUUCUGGCGGGAAACCUUUCAGCAUUGACAGGUUCGUGUAUAUGGCUAAUCGUGGCAACGUUCAUGAAACUGCCUGUAUCCGGCACACACAGCAUUGUCGGGGCAACACUCGGCUUCUCUAUGGUUAUCAAUGGCUUUAAAGGAAUUGGAUGGACGAAGCUUGCCAUGAUUGGUGCGUCCUGGUUUGUUUCACCAUUGAUGUCCGGCUUGGUAUCGAUUGGUCUGUUUAAAUUAAUCGACAUUAUGGUUCUUACAAAGGAAAAGCCACUGGAGCCUGGUCUAAGACUGCUGCCUUUAUUUUAUGCCUUUACCCUCGCUGUGAACCUGUUCUCAGUGUUCUACAAGGGCUCAGAAUUACUUCAUUUCAACGAAAUACCAUUUUAUGGCACGAUGAUACUGACAUUUGGCGGGGCAUUUUUGACGGCUAUACUUGUUCGCAUUUUCGUCGUUCCAAGGCAACGAAAGAAGAUUAAUAUCAUGUGCAAGCAACUCCUGGAAGAAGAGGGCAUGCUACCUGAAAAAAAAGACGAUAUCAAAGAAUUGACCGACAUUAUUGACCAAGAGGUGAUGGUUAUUGCCGAAAAUCAAAAUAAUAAAAUCAGCGAGAUAAAUGACACAGAAAAAGAUGAAAGAGCUGAUGACGCACUUCUUGAAAUAAAGAAAAACCUAUCCGAGAAAGAUGAGAAGAAAGGGAUGGGAGAUGCAGACGAUGACAGACCAGAAGUAGCGGGCCUUUUUAAAUUUCUGCAAGUACUGACUGCAAUUUUUGGGUCUUUUGCGCAUGGAGGAAAUGACGUCAGCAACGCCAUUGGUCCCCUUGUGGCUCUUUGGAUAACUGCAACUACAGGUAGCUCCGCCCAGAAGGCCCCUGUGCCUAUAUGGGUGUUAGUGUACGGUGGGGUCGGCAUAUCCAUUGGGCUCUGGGUGUGGGGUCGCAGAGUCAUGAAAACGAUGGGGGAGGAUCUCACGAAAAUCACACCCUCGAGCGGUUUUUGUAUAGAGGUAGGCAGUGCCCUCACUGUUCUUGUCGCUUCCAAUAUCGGAAUCCCCAUCAGCACCACCCAUUGUAAAGUCGGCUCCGUGGUCUGUGUGGGCAGAGUCAGAUCAAAGGGUUCGGUGGACUGGAAACUGUUCAGGAAUAUCAUACUGGCCUGGGUGGUCACACUCCCAGUGUCUGGUGGACUCAGUGCUCUCUCCAUGUACGGGUUCUGCGCCAUCUUAAAUGCCACAACUUCAUGAGCUGCUUCUUGCCAUCAUUUUGUUCGAGAAUAUGUUUGUAGUAAAUUUGGUUUCUAAUACGCAGCUGAUUAAAUGAAACAUUAAAGGCUUCAUAGAUAUGUUAAUGUUGAAGAAAACAUAUGAGAUGACUUAUUGUGCGUGCAGCUAGGAGUUAUUUGCAUGAACAUGUACGUUCAACCAUAAACUUCACGCCAUUCCGCAUCAUUUCAGCAUUUCAUAAUCAUGCUCAAGUUUGAUUUAUAGUGUUUAUAUAAAUGCAUUUCGAUAUUUUUUCAAACAUUUUGAGGGUUUUGUAUAAUUUAAUAAAAACCUAAAGCAAAGGGCGAAAACAAUGACAGCGAUUUGGAGCCAGUUGUAAGAUUUUUCGUCAUAAUGAUGCAAAUAAUUGGAAAUAUCCGUUUAAAUGAACAUGUAUUAAGUAUAAGAAUGGAUUACCUGAUGAUUUUUAAUAUAUUCAUAACCCGAACCAAAUGUCUUUAGUUUGAAAUACGAUGUUGGUGUCCGCGCGCGCGUGUGUAUGCGCGUUUGUAUGUGUGUGUGUAUGUAUGUUAAUUAACAUAUAUAAAGGGAUAUAUUGUCAUGCUUCUGACUGAUGUGUAUUUCGUUACACCGUUUGUUACAUAUUUUUGUAUACUAUUAUAUCUAAUAAA